UUUGAGGUUAGAUAACUGUUUUAGAAAGAAACAAUUAGAAAGCACUUAUCAAGGUGUUGAGGAUGGUUCAGAAGAAGCGAAGAAGGCGCUAAGCAUUCUGGGAAUUUGAGUAAGGUGCGCUUACAUCCGGGUAUUUUCAUCCUCUCACAUUGACAGACACCGGCGGAGCACCAAGGCGACAGUGUCAAUACAAAAGCGAUAAAAAAAAAAAAAAACACUCAUGCGCUAAUUAGCUAGAAAGAAAAAAUUAACCGGCUAAUAUUUCUACGGUUGUAUUACUUCUGGAAGAGAUAUCCGCUUUAAAAAUGUUUGUCUCAAACAAAAUGGAUAUUCUUUAACCAAGGGUGAAUCAGGUUGUUAACACCGUACCACUGGGACACUUCUGGCAACCCCCUUCUGUUCACCUCCUUGUCUGGCGCAGUACAUGUGUUUUUCAUGAAGAGAGGAGAGAGACCCGAAGGAUACAGGCAAAUGCGGCCCAAGACGUUCCCGGCGAGCAACUACAGCGCCAACAGUCAGCAGAUGAUGUUGCACGAGAUCCGGGAGAGCCUGCGCAACAUCUCACUGUCCCGGCCCUCGGAUGCUCUCAAAGGAGAGGCGCAAGGGCAGCAAGGGCGCAGCACCAACCACAAGAACCCCUACCACAAAGCUCUUCAGGAGAUCCGGGAGUCACUCCUGCCCUUCGCCAACGGGCCCGCCCCUACCGGACAUGCCCCCGAGGUCAACGUUCAGAUGCUGCAGGAGCUGUUGGCUGCAGGGUUUGAUGAGGAGACGGUGAUCUGGGCUCUGAAGCAGACCAACAGUCGCAGCUUGGGGGCAGCUGUGGAGUACAUCAGUAUGAUGAGCCACCAGGACGCGGGGAGAGACCAGAUGGGAGCUGCAGCAGCACGCACAACUAAUACAGCUAUCAAAGCAGCCGGUCCCUCGCACAUUCAGCAGCCAGUUCUGCGGCGGCAAAGCUGGAAGGGCUCCAAGGAGUCUUUGGCCCCUCAGCGGCACAGCGGUCUGUACCGCUCAAACAGCCCCAGCCCUCAGCCUGACCUGCCUCGACCUUCGACUUUUCCCCAGGGCCAUGCAGCUGGUCAGCGGGUGAAUCCUCCACCUUCCUCAUGGGAUUCAAACCCUGCCACCAAACGCUACUCCGGGAACAUGGACUACCUCGCACCCCGCAUCUCUCCCAUCCCUCAGGGGCCAUGGGUCGAGAGCUACCCGAACCCUCCUGCCCAGGCGCAGCGGGGCAUCAGCCCAGUGCCCAUGGGGCGCCAGCCCAUUAUAAUGCAGGGAUCCGGAGGAAAUAAGUUCAACUACCCGCCCUCCUGGCCUCAGAACGGCUCUGCGCAGGUGGACUAUGGACAUGGCAUGGGCAUGGUGGGAAGCAGCAGGCAGCCUCCGCCUCCCCCUCCGUACCCUCUUGCUCAGGCGAGCGGGCACAGUCCCACAGCGCAGCAGAUGCAGGCGCCCAACCGCAACAGUCACAACCUGGAGAUGUAUAACCUGGGUGUCCUGGCCCAGCCCAGACCUUCAGCACAGCAGCCUCCUUCUUCCUCUGGAAAUGGCAACAAUCAAGAUAUUCCUCCCCCAUCUUGGCCUCACAACAUGCCGGCGCGCUCUAACUCGUUUGCUAAUGCUGCACCAGGUACACGUCAGUGCUCCCCGGCAGCCAGCUCGCAGCCUUCUGCUACCACUGUCACGGCCAUCACGCAGGCGCCCGUCCUACAGCCAGUCAAGAGCACACGUGUUCCCAAGCCUGAGCUACACACGGCUGUGGCACCAACACACCCACCUUGGCUUCAGCAGCAGCAACAACCGCCACCUUCUCCAUAUCAGGAAUCUUCCGUGCCUGCACCGGCGGUGUCCCAGAUGCCAGUCUCGGAGGUUCCCAGCUACCAGGGUCCCCCGCCUCCCUACCCCAAGCACCUCCUGCAGCAGCAGCCUCCCGCUCCGUGCCCGGCAUACGCCAAGGAGGACGAAGGUGCCGAAGAUGACGCGGACAAUGCCAGCACUUGCUCCAGUGAGCGUGCAGAUGGCUCAGAGACUGUCGCAGGCAGCACAGAACGGGAAAAGAAGCAGAUCACCACGUCUCCAGUGCCUGUGCGGAAGAACAAACGGGAUGAGGAGCGGCGAGGGGAGGGGAGGGUGCAGCUUUACUCCCCACAGGCCUUCAAGUUCUAUAUGGAGCAGCACGUGGAGAACAUUCUGAAGAACCACCAGCAAAGACUGCGUCGCAAAAAGCAACUGGAGAGCGAGAUGCAGCGGGUCGGUUUGUCGGAGGAUGCCCAAGAGCAGAUGCGCAUGAUGCUGUCCCAGAAAGAAUCCAACUACAUCAGACUGAAGCGUGCCAAAAUGGACAAAUCCAUGUUCGAAAAGAUCAAGACGCUGGGCGUGGGUGCAUUCGGUGAGGUGUGCCUGGCACGCAAGGUGGACACGGGCGCUCUCUAUGCCAUGAAGACACUGCGCAAGAAGGACGUGCUCCUCAGGAACCAGGUGGCGCAUGUCAAGGCUGAGCGGGACAUCUUGGCCGAGGCAGACAACGAGUGGGUGGUGCGGCUUUAUUACUCCUUCCAGGACAAGGACAACCUGUACUUUGUCAUGGACUACAUCCCCGGUGGUGAUAUGAUGAGCCUGCUGAUCCGGCUAGGCGUCUUCAGCGAGGAGCUGACGCGCUUCUACAUCGCCGAGCUUGUGUGCGCCGUCGAGAGCGUGCACAAGAUGGGCUUCAUCCACCGUGACAUCAAGCCAGACAACAUCCUGAUCGACCAAGACGGCCAUAUCAAGCUCACCGAUUUUGGCUUGUGCACGGGAUUCCGCUGGACCCACGACUCCAAGUACUACCAGAGCGGUGAUCACGUGAGGCAGGACAGUAUGGAUUUCAGUAAGGAGUGGGAGGACCCGUCGAACUGCCGCUGUGGCGAUCGGCUCAAACCACUGGAGAGGCGGGCAGCGAGACAACACCAGCGCUGCCUGGCACACUCGUUGGUUGGCACGCCAAACUACAUCGCCCCAGAGGUGCUCCUGCGCACAGGCUACACGCAGCUAUGCGACUGGUGGAGCGUGGGUGUGAUUCUGUAUGAGAUGUUGGUUGGCCAGCCUCCUUUCCUGGCUACGACUCCUCUGGAGACUCAAAUGAAGGUGAUAAACUGGCAGACGACGUUGCACAUCCCCCCUCAGGCCAAGCUGAGCGCCGAGGCGUCCGAUCUGAUCGUGAAGCUGUGCCGCGGGCCCGAGGACCGGCUGGGCAAGAACGGGGCAGAUGAGAUCAAAGCACACGCCUUUUUCAGAAGCGUGGACUUCAGCGUGGACAUGCGGCAGCAGCCACAUCCGCCGCCCCACGUGCCCAAGAUCGCCCACUGUACAGACACAUCCAACUUCGACCCCGUGGACCCAGACAAGCUGUGGAGCGACGACGGCAACCACAACGACACGCUGAGCGCCUGGUUCAGGAACGGCAAGCACCCAGAGCACGCCUUCUACGAGUUCACCUUCCGCCGCUUCUUCGAUGACAACGGUCACCCGUACAGCUGCCCCAAGCCCAUCGAAUACGAGGACUAUGGAGAGGAAGAGGGGGAGGAGCUCCAGAGCCAAGCCCAUGGACAGGGGCGGGGCCUCGUCUAUGUUUAGCAUUUCCAUUUACACUACGUGGAAAAGCAACACUACUAAAUGUCAAAGCAGGGAUGGGACCUGGUGGGACCUGUGUGUGUGUCUCUGUGUCUGUGUGUGUGUGUCUCUGUGUGUGUGUCUCUCUCUCUGCGUGUGUGUGUGAGUGUGUGUGUGUGUGUGUGUGUGUGUGUGUGUGUGUGUGUGUGUCUGUGUGUCUCUCUCUCUGCGUGUGUGUGUCUGUGUGUGUGUGUCUCUGUGUGUGUGUGUGUGUGUGUGUGUCUCUCUCUCUGCGUGUGUGUGUGUGUGUGUGUGUCUCUCUCUCUCUGCGUGUGUGUGUGUGUGUUUGUGUUUGUGUGUGUCUCUGUGUGUGUGUGUCUCCCUCUCUGUGUGUGUGUGUGUGUGUGUGUUUGUGUGUCUCUUAGUGUUUUUGUGUGUGUGUACAGAAUUUUCAACAGAAUAUAUAGACUGGAUAUUGUCUAGAUGAUUGGUGUGUAUGUGUAUGUGUGUGUGUGUGUGUGUGUUCGUGUUCAGCCUCCCACCUGUUUGUUGAGGUACGAUUCCGAGGCUGCGGUUGUGUAUAAUUUAUUCCGUGUUCACAUCGCACUUUGAUCAGUGCUGUUUGAACAAACGAGGAUUUAAAUGAAAUGCGUCUUUUUGACGCCGUUUAAAGCCUUAAUUUAUUUGAAACCGUUGUAAAAUGAGGACUCUAGUGGAAAAGACUAGCUCAAUUAUGCCUUCUUCACCAAUGUCAUGUUAAUUUAUGAUUGAGUAGAUCUCUUUCUCACGCUGAUCUGGCCGCACAUGGGCUAUCCAGGGAUUGGUGGAAUCAUUAACUCUUUCUAUUGCUGUGCCUUUUAUUUUACACUCUUUCACCAAAAACAUGAGGGGAAGUAGCAUCUUAGCCAGUCAACUGAACUGACAACUAGAUUAUUCAUAGAGUAUUGUGUGAAUUGUAUUAUUAGCCUUUUGUGUAUUUUCUAAUUUAUACACUCGAAUGUAUUUAUAAAUUAUGUAGUGUACAUUUUUGUACAUUUUUUUUUUUUCCCAAUUGUGUUGGUGUAGGAAAUAAAUCCAAGGGCGAGCUCCCUUCCUCUCACUCA